UGCAUACAUUAAAUGUUCCAGAGCAUACGUUUCCUUUGCCUAUCAACGAGGUCAAUUUUGCUUCCACACGACUCGGAAUUGACAUCUUGACGUCAUAAGGGCUCAUGAGCUUCAAAAGCGGAUGAAAUAAGGACUUGAUUUGGUUGUUUGAAGAAAGGAAUUGUUGUCGAUCGAAAAGAACAGUGCUCAAUGGUUUCUUUCAUAAAGCGGUUAGCCUCGAAAUACGCCUGAAGGGAGAACUCGGCGAACUAAAAAAACACAUCAAUGUGUGGAUAAAUUUCAAACCACAAGAUUGUUUAUAUGACCUAGACAACAAGUGAUGCAAGAUUUUUUCAGGGGAAAAAUGAACUUCAGAAUAUACAUUUUUUGCCUGUUCAUAACACUUAUAUGUGGUAAGGAACUGCUGGAAGGGCAAUACAGAAGACUACCAAAUGCCUUUGCUGUUGUUGGAAGAUGUUUUGAGUAUAAUUUGCCCCCCUGGGAUGGCAGCCAACAGCAAUAUAAGGCUGUAGAAAAAGGUAAAACAGUGUUACCCAAAUGGCUGUGGUUUGAUGAAGCCAGUUACAAACUUCUUGGUGUACCAUUAUGGCGUGACAAAGGAACAGUUCAAGUUCAAAUCCAGACAAAACAUGGGGACAGAAAAACAGAAUUCUCAAUCACUGUUCAAGAUUUGCAUACAGUGUUGGAGAACAGGUCCAUCAUGUCAAAUGAGACAAAGAUUCCAUCCUUUGUAGAACCCAAAUGCCCCAAUGGACUCUCUGUGGCUGUUGCUACUGUCCAGUUUGAUCUGCAUAUAGAUAAGCUCCAUGGAGAGGACAGAAUAAAUCUUAUGAGAAAGUUGUCUGACUUUGCUGACGUAGGCACACUGGAGUUGCAUAUGGCAGUCGGAAAAGGACACAGCACAGCAUUUGGGUUGAAAGAUGUUAUGACCAUCACAGCAGGGCCAGGAAAUGUGGCAGAUUCCAAACAGCCGGGUGUGGUGGUUUCUUGGAAAAUUGGCUGCGGAAUUGACUUGUCAGGAAUGUAUGUGACCUCACUCUUAAAGUCCAGUUCUGAGCAUGGGUCAUUUAAACAAACCUUGAAGGCACCAGUCAGCGGGUGGCAUAUUACCACUGGACGGCCUAAAAUUCAGCAGAAAAGGGUACGCAGACAAGCUGCCAAUCUUAUGCCAACUCCAACUUGGACCGACACGAUGCCAACUCCAACAAGCAUGGCAGCUCCACCAACCAUUUCAGUUACACGCACUACAAUAGCUCCAACACCAACAAUCAAUGUUGACACAGGAGCACCUAGACUUCUUAGAACAAUCCCCCCUAUAACUUUUUUCUUAGGGAUGGAAGUUCGCUACAUGAUCCCAGAGGACACAUUUUAUGAUGACUGGGAAGCUGUGUUCACUAGAGAUUUGCGGCUGGAUAUGAGGUAUUUUAAUGGAUCACUUCUAAGUGAACUGCCACCUUCAUCGUGGAUAUUCUUUGAUUCAAGCACACAAGAAAUUUAUGGCAUGCCCUUUGGUAUUGACUUAAAAGGAUCAUACCACUUUGUUAUCAGGGCUGCAGACAAAGCUGGAAAUAUUGCUUCAUUUAACAUUACUGUGGAAGUAUCAGAUCGAGCCUUCUUUUACAAUUAUCAGUUUACAAUUGUCCUGGACUACAACUAUGAGGAAUUCGUGAAUAAUGUGAAUAUUCGUCUGCUGUUGAUGAAGAAAUUAGCAGGCUAUUAUGGUAAUACCAAAUCAAUGCUAUAUGUGUCAUCCUAUACAUACAAGCAAGGCUAUCUUUUUCUCACCUUCCAUUUUAAGUUGACAACUGCAGAUUGUAAUAGUUUGGAAUUGAAGCGUCUUGUGGAUGGCUUUGGUAAAAGCAAACUGAAUCCUGAAUUUCAGAAACAUCUUCUGCCAGAAUUUGAUAUCAAGUACAACUAUCAUGGAGGUGUUGGGCCUUGUAAAGCAACCCCACCCCCUGGGUCUAACACUUCACCUGUAGUGAACCAAGCACUUGGGCAGCUGAAAAUAGAUUUGGGACAAGGAAUGCGCUACAAGAUUCCAUGGAACACAUUCUAUGACAAGGAAGACCAUUACACACCCAGUUUAACCCUUGAAUUAAGAACCAAAGACAACAAACCCCUUUCAUCAUCAUCCUGGAUAAAUUUAGAUGCUUCUCAACAAGAAAUUUAUGGUCAACCUAUUGAUUUAAGCUUGCUUGGAUUACAGGAGUUUCGUUUGGUUGCCACUGACAGUGGUGGACUGGAAGCAUUUACUAGUGUGAAGCUGUUAGUUUCAGAGGAUACCAACCAUUACAAUCACGAGUUUAGUAUUGUUCUCAAAGGAGAGUUUCACUCUUAUGAAAACAUGUCUAAAAAUGUUGAAAUCAGGGUUUUGCUGUUAGAAGCAAUAGCGAAAUACUACAACCUGAACCUCGGACAGGUACGCAUUGUCAAAUACCAAAAGGGCCCAUCUUUUCAUUUUAGAUUUGAUUCUAUUCCAUAUGACGACUGUGCAAAUGCUCUUUUACAAAGAAUUAUCAAUGGAUUCUGGAAAAGUAAGGAGAUAAACCCAGAAUUUGUAAAAGCCCUUGGCAAAGACAGUUACCGUGUAGACACUGGCUACUACUUUGUCACAGGACCCUGCAAAAAUCUCAGUCCUGCAGUUACAGGGGCAGGACCAAAGGGUGACCGUAUCAAAAAAGAAAUGUAUCAAGGGCAAGCACUUUACUUCCACAUACCAUAUAAUACGUUCUAUGAUGAGCAGGACUUCUAUACACCCAACCUAAACCUGAGCUUAAGAACAGCGGAGGAUCCAUCAUCCAAUUGGAUUUACCUUGACACCGAAAAACAAGACAUUUACUGUUUACCCAUAAGCAUCAGCACAGUGAAGAGACAUAGAUUUAAACUAAUUGCAACAGAUAGGGAUGGAAUGGAGGGAGAUCCUGACUUGAGAAUAACGGUGAAAGAGAAUACAGAUAACUUCAACUACACAUUCUCUAUCCGUAUUGAUCACUAUUCAGAAUUUAAGGAUGAUGUUGUGAUGUUGAUUCAGUUGCUGGAAAAAAUUGCCUGGUAUUAUGGAUGGAACUAUCAAAAUAUGAGAGUCUUCAGCCAAGAAUCUGAGGGUUUUUUCACCUUUGGAUUUGAUACCAUUCUGAACAAAUGUGAUGGUGAAGUCUUUCAAAAGGUGAAAGAUGGGUUUUGGGAAGGUACAAAGCUGAAAACUGAAUUUAAGGAUGCCCUACUUCCGUUCCAAGUAACUUCAGGAUUUUACACUUGUAAGAAUUUGUGCUCUUGCAACUCACCACCAGUAGUAAUAAACCCCAUCAACAGCCUGUCAGUGUUUGAAGGACAAGCCUUGAAGUUUCUCAUCCCAGGAGAGACCUUUUACGAUGAAGAAGAUAAAUACACUCCGAAUCUGAAGUUGGAAUUAAAAAUAGAAAAAGAUGAAGAGCGCACAUCUUCAUGGAUCCUACUUGAUAACUUGCCAAAACAACAAAUAACACUGCUGCCAAUUGACAAGAACACAAUUGGAACACAUAAGUUUGAACUGAUAGCAAGAGACUCGGAAGGUUUGGAAGGUCGGGAUGAAAUUGAAGUGAAUGUGUUGGAUGACAGAAGGACAUAUUACCACAUGUUUACACUCAAAAUUGAAGAUGGAUCAGCUGGGGAUGAUGUCAGUGCUAGAGUUCGUUUGGUGGAGUUGCUUGCUAACUACUUCAGGGUGGACUUCAAAAACGUCCGUGUUCGCAGUUAUGGCUUAUGGCCAGCUGUUGAAACCACUUUCCAAUUUGUCCAGACCAACUUAAAGUGUGACAAUCCAGAAUUGCGAGAGUGGAGAGCCAAGUUUAUGGAAAAUGGACAGUUACCUACAGACUUCAUUAAUGAACUUAGCCCUGACUUCCGAGUUGUGUCUGGGUCAUUCAAACUUUUGGAUAUCUGCAGCCCAGUGCUACCAAUAGGAGUUAAUAAUACUGUGCCUGAAUUAUACAACCACAUUGACCGUCUCAAUGUAUACCAGGGACAGGGUCUACGAUUUUUUAUUCCAAAUGACACUUUUUUUGACAAGGAAGAUUUGCUUACACCAAAUUUGAGGCUGGAAAUGCUGGCAAUUGAUGGUAAUGCCCUUCUUCGCACAUCUUGGAUCCUCCUCAAUUCUUCUCGGCACGAAAUCUAUGGUUUACCUUCUAAUAUCAAAACUAUUGGGUUACACGAGUUUUUGCUGGUGGCAGCUGACAAGAAAGGAAGUAAGGCUUAUGAUGCAUUUGAAGUAAGAGUGCUUGAAGACACAGUACUGUACAACCACAAGUUUAAUAUUUUGAUAGACUAUGACAAUAUUACCUUCAUGGAUAAUGUUGGAAUAAGGGUUGUCUUGUUGGAAAAGAUAGCAGAUUACUUUCAAGUGAACUUCACCAGUGUACGAGUGGCUGACUACACCCUUGGAGUUCUCUUUUCCUUCUAUUUCGAUUUCAUUCCUUUUGAAGACUGCUCCAAUUCUUUGUUGACAGAACUUAUUGAUGGAUUUUGGUUUGGCUCAGAUCUAACUCCACAGUUUGUAACUGCAUUAGGUCCAGAAUACAGAAUCAUAUCUGGAUCUUUUGAGAAGCUUCCACCUUGUAGUCGUAUUGGACCAGAGUUUGAUGAAACAAUUGGUGACCGUCCUGGAGGAAUAUGGUGGACUUAUGCAAUCAUACCUGCCAUUGUGCUUGCUAUUGUUCUCCUUCUGAUUGGGUGCUGUGUGUUGAUUUUCAUGGGAUGUUGCAGAAAGCAGAAACUCACAGGCGCAGAGAAAACAACUUUUAUUUACAAGCGAAAGCCAGUUGUUCUUCAGGAAGAGUAUGAGAUCAAGGAACAACUAUUGAAGCAGCCGAUUGUCUUGCCAAACGAAAAACCACCGGUACCCCCUAUGUAUCCCCGCAGCCCUGUCCUAAGUGGUGACAGAACCCCACUCCUGAUGGAGGAAAUGAAGUCAGUACCUUACCAAGCACCAACAUUUCUGUCUAGUAGACAAAUGUCAAGUGGUGGUGGCUGUGGAAAUUCAGGAUUUGUGGCUAGUGGUGGUGGUGGAGGAGGAGGAGGAGGAGGUGGCUUCAGUGCAGUUAGUGGGGCUGCUGGAGGAGGAGGUGGUUUCAGUGCUGUUAGUGGGGCUGCUGGAGGAGGAGGUGGUCUUAAAGGCACAGGAGGUGGUGGUAGCAGUGCAACUUUUGGUGCUGGAGGAAGUGGCAGUGCAGGUGGUGGAGCUGCUGUGGGAGGUAGCAGUAUGUCUGGUGGUGGUGCAGGAGGAGCUGCUGGUGCUGGUGGAGCAAGUGGUGGUGGUGCAGGAGGGGGUGCAGGAGGUGGGGCUGUCAGUUUUAGUAUGGCCUCUGGUGGUGGUGGAAGCAGUUUUAGGCAAACCUCGUACAGCUACAGUUACAGCAGCAGUGGAGGCAGUGCAUCCAGUGGAAGUCGUAAGGUAGCCUAUGCUGGCUACAGACUACCUCCAGCUUAUGUGCCACCAUGAGCUUAAAAGAAGAGACCUGUCUUGCAUUCUGAACAAUUGAAAUUGCAUGCUGAAAAGACAGGCAUUUAAUUGGGUAGCUAAAAAAGUAAUUUGUUAGAAAGUUUUUGUGAAAAAACUGAUGGUGGAAAAUUCUUACCAACCAAAGCAUGUUUGCAAUUUACAGUAAGUUUGUGAAAUAUGGAGAUAAUCUGCAAAGCAAGAAAGAAGAAAGCUUAAAAACCUCACUUCAGGAAUGCUGCUUAUUAUUAGGAACGUGAAUCAACAAGGACAUUGAAUGUUUCCAAUGUUUGUAUAUCUGUUGACUGUGUUGCAUUGGUAGCGAAGUAAUUAACACUGGUUAUUUAAUGAGGAAACAACUCACAAAUGUGAAUAUCCUGUAGUGUGGUAUUCACUGUAAGUGAUUUUAAGGUGAAUAAGAGUGCAAGGGUGCUUAUUUUAGCAGGGUUGAACUUUAACUCCAAGAUUUGAUUAAUUUGUAUUUCUCCCUUCUGACUUCUAUACAAUUCUUUGAAAUUUGUUGAGAGAAUUUGCUCUCAUAUCAAGGAAACACUCUUAAUUUGAUAUAAUUGUAUAUUCUCUUGACACACUCAGUCGGAGAAUGUUAUGCAAGUGUGAGGAGAAAUUGUAUGUCAAUCACUCUUUGGAGUUAAAGUAACUGCUAAUUGAAGUUCUCUUUGGAAACUGGUAUUUGCAACUGUUUGCUCUUAAGGAGUGAUAUCAAUAAGAACUUCCAACAAGAAUUUGUUUUCUAUAGACUGUUAUUUAUACAUGGUGUAGAAUUUCUUGGUUUGGUUUGGUAGGAUGUAGAUAUUUUCAGUUGAUUAAUACAAGUUUACAGUUAAAAUUGAAAGAGUCAAAGCCUAAAAAUAAAAUUUCACUUUUCGAAGUUCAAGUGUGUUAACAAAAUUUGAAAUUUAUUUUUUGUAGAAAAAAUGUAUAGAAGAAAGUCUUGCGUGGCAACAUAAUUGUCUGACUUGAACAGAUUCUCAUACUGCCCAGCAGGUGUAGUUAUCAGUUGUAUUUACCAAAGGGCCUGUCAUUGACCAACUUCAUGGAAGUCGUUAAUUUAUUUGACGUUCAAAGAACAUUUUUUAGCUCAAAGACAACCAGUGAAGGAAAUCAAUUUGUAUGUUUUGAUAAUGUGUAGGACUAUUCUUUCUUUGUGUAAUUUUUUUGUUUUAAAAAAUAGAUAUAAUUUCAAAUGUAGUGCUGUCUUAACAAAUCGAAGAAGACUAUCAGGUUUUUUGGAUCUGAACUUUGUGAUUUACAUCUGAACUGACUGCACUGUGAAACAAAAAAUAAUAGAGUCAGGCGUGCCAUUUUAUCGGCGGUGGGUUGUGAAUUAUACUAUACUUGUUACUAUGUUAAUAAUAUGUACAACGAUGGAACUGUUAUAACCAUUUCAUGACAGUUAUAUUUCUGCUUUUUUUUUCUUUUAUGAAUUUUCAGAUAUUGUUUUGUCUAUAAGAAGUUUUUUCGCAGUAUGGUUCCUGAUUGUAUGUUAAGUAUUUAAAAGCAGACUGUUCUGGUAUUGUCUUAAUUGAUUUAAAACAUUAAUCGGAUUGUUUCUGAAUAUGUUGAAAACCGUAAGAAGUAGAUUAUUUGUACCUUUUGGUAAAAGCUUGUUCGAGCCUUUGCUUGUAAAUUUAAUUUGAACUUUAAACGGUUCACUGAGGUGAAAAAGUUCUUACGUUUCAUUUAUAACUUCAGCUUUUGGGAAUGCUUUGUCUACGACAAUUUUGGGGAAAAAAAUAAACUUCGAAUGUUUAAUGUA